GCUUCCCGUUCCCAUGCCUGGUGCCCGGUUGGUUGCUUGAUGCCCAGUGUAGGCUCUGACGCUCUGGCGUAUUUGUGCUGUUCCCGUCGUCUGAUCUUCUGGACGCUGUCGUUUGCUGGUUACCUUAGCCAGGACGAGGUUUUGCCUAACCUCGCACCCGCCUCCUAAGCGAUGGACCACCGCUCGUUCCUCAAACGAAGUUCUUCAUUUUUAUCGAAUCUCUUCUCCAGCGACAAAGGUAGCCUUCUUUCUCGAUCGCCACACCACAAGCCGAGGGUUCAAUUACGGUCGCUUCUCUGCCACAGCUACAUUCACCGUGUUAUCCUCUGGGCUGUCGGAUCGCUCCUUCUGCUAUACCUCGUCACGCGCCCCAUCGGAACCAGCGUGCAGAGGGAAAGGCAUCUAGCACGGAUAAUAUUCGAGCAGGCUGGAGAUGGCGACGAUGCUGACGCCAACAAUGCUCUCGACAACACUGCUGGCGGCCACAUCGCUGACAGCAACAAUGUCGGGGACACCGAUGCUGACGGCAUGGUCCUUAUCAGCAUCGAUCCCGGGUCAACGAAAGCCGACAGCUCAUUUUGGCGCGAGCCUAUGCCCCGUUGGCUGAAGUUUAGACACCUCGACGGUUUUUAUGUCGGGCUCAAGGCCUUAGUACCGGUCAGCGAAUACAGGCCUGAGCACCCCAGACCAAGAGGCGAAGAAUACCCUUUCCCAGUCACAGUCACGUACACGGGGUUGCCAACUCCCACCCCGUUUAUACCCCAGCCUGAUUACAACUCGGCGGACUACACGGACCAGUACCACCACGUCGAGCCGUGCCAUCUGGACAAGGAUGGGAAGGUUCCGGUCCCUGACCUUUACGCCUACACAGGUCUCAUCCAGGCCCAGCCCGAGCCCGUCAUCGGCUCGCAUAAACUCCUGGGUCUUAGGGACGAUAUCUGCUUUGACAGGUUCGGCAGGUUCGGCCCCUAUGGCUUGGGCUACAGCAUCGAGGACGGAGGUGUGGAAGUCGGCUUGGAUACUGAGCGAGCCGGGAACGAAGUUGUCUGGGCCAAGACGGGCAAGAUCAACUACACCGACAUCGAUUGGGGCGAUGCCCAGGCUCGAUGCUACCAAGCCAACAAGAAGCGCUUUCUUGAACCGGACGGCCAAGAGGAUCCGUUGAGGAUGAUGAGCCAAGGAGAACCGCCAGAUAACGCGGAGCAAGCCUUCCGGGAGACGGAGCGACAAAGGAUACCCCGGACAGCCGUCGUGGUGCGAGCGUACACCGGGUUUCAAUGGAGCCAUCACGCGAUUCUCAAUUUCCGAGCCAUGAUCUCGGAGCUUGCCCUGCGGUCUGGCGGCGAGUAUGCGGUGCACUUCCUACUCCACGUCCGCGACAACAACGAAGCCAUCUGGGCCGAUCCGGUAACUGCUCAGCGAAUUCUCGACGACAACGUACCGGCCGAGUUCCACAGCAUUUGCACGCUCUGGUCCGAGGAGCAGAUGCGCCUUGUAUAUCCGACUCAGUUUGGCCUCAGUUUCACGAACCCGAGUGGUCAGGCUAUCCAUGGAGUCUACCGCAGUGCGCACAUGCCUCUUCAGUAUUUCGCCAUGACCCACCCGGAAUACACGCACUUCUGGAACUGGGAGUUGGACAUGCGCUGGAUCGGGAACUACUACGAGCUGUUCGACCGGCUCGGGGAAUGGGCCAAGCAGCAGUCGCGCGUAGAAGCGUGGGAGCGAUCGGCGAAGUACUAUAUCCCCAGGUAUCACGGAGACUGGGACAACUUCACCGAGCUCGUCCACAACGAGACCAGAGCCAGCGGGCGCCCCGCCGUGUUGGGGCCCGUGUCCUUCCCUGGCCGCACGCCUCUCCGCUCUGAGCUGGGCGGCGAGAGCUUCCUCCCGUCCUCAUGCUCCUCCAGCUCCGACAUGUCACAGUGCGGUGUAGGCGAAGACGCUGACCUGAUCACGCUCAACCCCCUUUUCGACACCGAUCAGUCGGGCUGGAUCUUCGCCAGCGACGUGACGGGCUACGAUACCAAGCUCCCCAUCCCGCCCCGCCGGUGCGCCAUCGUCACGGCGGCCCGCCUGAGCCGCCGUCUGCUGGCCGUCAUGCACGAGGAGAACUGGCGGCUCCACCACAACAUGUUCAGCGAGAUGUACCCGGCGUCCAUGGCGCUGCAUCACGGCCUCAAGGCUGUCUACGCGCCCCACCCGGUCCACCUCGACCGCGAGUGGGAGCUGCCCGCGGUGGACAAGGCGUUCAACGGCGGCCGCGACCACUCGUCUAGCGGGAAGGGGAGCCCGUUCGACCUCAGGAACGAGCACAAUCACAAGGGCACCAGCUGGUACUACCACAGCGAGUUCGCCGGCCUGCUGUGGCGCCGCUGGCUGGGCUAUGCGCAGUAUGACGGCCGGGGGCCGAACGGCGGCCGUUCCGGCGAGGGUACCCUGAGGGGCGGCAAGCAGGAGGAGGAGAGCAGCGAUAGCACGGGCCGGAUGUGUCUCAGGAGUAUGUUGCUUCAUCCCAUAAAAUGGGAACAUCCGUCUGAGGUUUCAUAACCUGGAAGGUGCCGCCGCACGUUGUGUUUUGGUUCACUUAUUUUUUUCUCUUCUAUUUUCAUU